AAAGGGGCGUCAACCGGCGUCGCACUCAGAUGACGUUGCAGACAAAGUCACGUUUGUAAGCAGGUUUGUGUGGUCGCGAGCACAUGAGGAUAUCAACAUCAACGAACAACUACUAAAAUAUUGUCUGUAACAUGGGGAAGAAUAAAGAAAAGGGGAAGAAACAGAGGAACGUCUUUCAAGUGGCAAAGAAGCACUCCAAGCACAAGAACAAAACGAAACCUGUCACGACAACGCUCAAACACAUCAAUGCAGUGAAAAAUGAGAAGGUGGAGAACCUCAAUAAGAUCUUCACAGAAGUCCAGAGGGAGGUUAAAAGCAUUUCAAAGUCCGUCGCCCCCGAACCGAAAAAACAAACACAGGUUGUCAGAGAGCCACCAAAGGAAUCUGUAAACGUUGAUAAUGCUGCUCAACUCUUCUCUCAGCUAUAAUGGUCCAUGACAGUGUCAUGAAGUCUGAGGACAAACACCAACUGUUGUUCUGUGUGUCGCUCCAUGUUGGAUUUAUGUAAUAACAAAGUCUGUACUGUAAAUGCAUUUUGAUAUUUCAUGCUAAAAUGAAGACUGCAGAUGCUUUGGAAGUUAAGAGUUCAUGGUUAUUGCAGGUGUGUAAUUUAAGCAUUUUGUGUAUUCAAUGAAAAGCAAUCAAUUGACUUUUGUUUGAGGAACAGGAAGGACAUAUUUUAUUCUUAUUAAUGAAUAUUCUUUUAUCUAGAAAUGUUUGCUUUUUCAUGGCUGCGACGAAUGAUUAUUUUCCCUAAUGAUUAAUCUGCUGAUUAUUUCCUUGAUUAAUUGAUCUUUUUGUUUAUAACAUAUCCAUAAAAUAGUGCAAAUUGCCCAUUUUAACAAAUGACAGACAGUCCAAAACAUAAUAAUAUUCUGUUAACUAUCAUAUAUAACAAAGAAUGGAGCCAGAUAAUAUUUGGCAUUUUUGUUUGAGAAAUGGCUGAAAUUAUUAAACAGUCGCUAAUU